AUGGCAUGGCUAAGUACUGAGUUUGAACCAUCUGAACUGGAAGCCUAUAUGGCCACGGAGAGCUUCACUGAGCCUCAGGUUACUGAAGCGGCUCGAACACAGCUUCUGUUACCUGCAGGUGAUUUCAUAGACGCCCUUACCGUAUGCGACCCUUUAUCUCUAGACGCCACCAUUGUCAGCUCGGGACACCUAACGAGUUCUGUGCGGAACCCAUCUCGCAAUCCAGUCCAAGUAAACAUGGCCAUGACAUCAACCAUGGAGCAACCUCGUGCUGUGUUCUCCACAAGCCAUGACCCGGGAAUGCCCCGCGCAGUCCCCUGCCCUAUUGAACCCCGCUGUUCCUCAACGCAUGCGCGCUCGGUGCCAGGCGCGCACGGCUAUGCUAAACCGGCAUACACAACUUUCUCGAAUGCGCAGACAUUCAACAGUUGUGCGUGCGCAAGCAUCCGACCCCAUCAGUGCAACAUCGGAAACACAGACUCAAUGGACGAGGACCCGCAAUCGUACGUUCAUCCUCCUCCGCUCCAUUCCUCUAUUAACAUGAUACCCACCCAGUCUCGCCGCGUUACCCGUAUUCGAAUGCAAAUGGGAAGGCUGUUUGAGUCCCAAGCCCUUCCGACGCGAGGGAGAUCUCAUUCGCCAUCUGAAGACUAUACAUAUCUCUCCAACGAGGUAUCCAUGUCUCCUCAAUAA